AUGGAAUCAUCUUCAUCUUUUCUUUGCUGUAACGAUCUUCUCUUCGAAAUCUUCAGCCAAUGUUCUCUGAAAUUGGUCGAUAAAUCGAAGACGGUUAGUAAGGUCUGUAAAGACAUCAUGUACGAGCCUAUGUUCAUGCAGUAUCACAAAAAGAAAACAGGCGCAAUUUAUGGAUACCUAAUCCAAAGCCUGUACAAGAAUAAUCACUUCUCUUCUGUUGUGUCUCUAGAUGAUGUGAUAAGUACAGUUUCUCUUGAUUUCUUGCCACGCAAGUCUCAGAUUUUAGCUUCUACGGAUCAGGGGAUUAUGUGCUGCAUUAGUAGAGAGAAUGGUUGGCGUAAUGAGAGAUUUUAUGUGUGUAAGCUGAUGACUAAGCAGAUUCAGAUGUUACCGAAUCCUAAAUUGCGGUAUAUGACGGAUAAGGUGGCUAUGGUGGUGCUUGAGUCGAAUCCUUUGCGUUAUAAGAUCAUUCGAUUAUCUGGACUAGAAACCAGGUUGUGGAGCGAUCACCACACUUAUCUAUGCGAGAUAUUUGAUUCCAAGACCUGGCUCUGGGAACAAUCUAAAAUCAUGCUGCCACUUCGAGUUCUUAUAAGCCGAGACUCCAUCUUCGUGAGCGGAAGCGUGCACUGGCUCCUCUCCGACAACCGGAUCCUGGCUUUCGACGUAAAAACCACGACACACACGAUCUUCUCCCUGCCACAUGAUGCAAGAGUCAAAGAAAACGAGUUUCACACAAUAAGACUAGUCAAGUACAAGGGCAAGCUGGGCCUAAUCAAGGGACUAGGAAGCGAAUUCGAGAUAUGGGAGCUCGAGAAUAGCCGAACUCGUGUUUGGAAGAGGAUUAAAGAGAUUAAUGCAGAAGCUGUGGAGAAGAAAGAACCGUAUUGUGUUCCUCAGGCAGUUGGUUUGUAUAGUCGAGAUGUUGCUUUGAUGAAAGGCCGGGAUUAUAUAUUUUAUAACUUCGAAGACGCGAGCUUGAGUGUGGCCAAGCUGGAUCACCAUCUCACCCAUCCUAAUGAUGUUUUUCCGUUCCGUUCGGAUCUUGAGCCUGUGGAUUUGAGAGGAUUGAGUUUUGCAGAUGUACUAGAUGAUAUAGCUAUAGCAUGA